AUGUAUUGCUUAGGAUAUGAUCCGGUCGGAAAACGGUUCAAAGUGUUGUGUAUGAUCUCUUCAUCAUAUGAUGAAAGACUAACUACUCAUCUGGUUUUGACGCUAGAGUCUCGAAAGCCUUUUAUGGAGAACGAGUUCGGGAAAUCUACUGUUAUGAUGAAGUCAUGGAACAAGAGAGUUCUUGUCUUCCUGGUUCUUUGGAACUUUUCAACUACAGAGAAGAUGCUGGAAAUCAGAAAUGGUUCAAGCAUGUCUUGGAAUUGUCUCCUUCCGAGAGUGACUGGUACAGAUGAAAUUGUAUUCUCGACGUACUCGCACCUCCCAGCCAGCUCGUGUCGCCUUGUCUUCUACAAUAUGGAGAGAAAUACUUUUACAAGAGUCAAAAUUGAGGGACUUGAAGUUGAAGAGGCUAAGGUGAAAAAUUAUAUAGAUACAUUCAUAGACUAUGCAGAGAAUGUGGAGUUUAUGUAA